UGAACUGUUAGCCUAGCAUAAACUGGAUCUUAUAAGUUAACAAGCCAGUAAGCAGUGUACAGUCAGCUGGAUUUAAAACAGGACUGAUAAGAUGCUGCGUACAGAUGCUGUUUGGUUAGCAAACAAUUUGAACUCUGAAUAAUGUUAGCUAGCAUUUGUGUUGACUGUUUCCAUUAGGUGUCAAAACAACAAACGAGCAUAAAGAAGGCCUACCGCCACCUGCUGGCGCAGAGAGGUAUAUCCUGGUCCAGUGCGGACGUGUUGUCCCUAAUCUUUGUUUUUUGGCCCCAGCACAGGCGACAUCACGGUAGGCCUGUGUCGUCAGCAGUUAUGUGACGUCAGUUUGGUGUAGUAAAGUAUCCGAAAGUUAGUACUUUCACUACAAAUUGUUUUUAUGAUUUAAUAUGAAGAUGUUUUGUUCCCACGCUGAACACAUACAAUAACAGGACAUGGACACGCACGCACGCACACGCACUCGUGCUCGCGCGCAGUGCUGCAGGUAGUAACUCCUCCCCCCUCCAUUCUGCCGCUUUAAACACAAUAACCGCCGCUUCUCCGGAGCUGCGGACAAACUGGCUCCAGGUCAGCCGGGAUUGCUGCUUCUCCUCCGGUUUACAGGUCACAGUGUCCCCAGUAGGAUCCAGUCUCCUGGCAGCCCUGCAGAGUGGCUGCAUGGAGCCGGCACUGAGCCAGCCUGGCGAAUUAGAGGUCUGCAGCUCGGCCCUCUGAGCCUGCUGGCUGAUGAAGAGGAGGAUGAGGAGCAGUCACGGCUGGGAUCCACAUGUCGAUGUGUGAAAGGAGGCCGAAGGUCGUCGCACCUGCAGCGCACGCUGAGGUGUAAAAGCUGAGAACCUUUGGAAUUCCUUAGAACACAGAAUCGAUCGAAAUUGAUCUUAUUGAUUUACUCAUUGGAAUAAAACUGUUGGAAUUUCUGGGGCUAAAACCUGAAUAUCCUCGGAUUUUAACAAAUCUUUUAUGUUGGAAUUUAGAAAACAGGAAGCAGAAAUGAAUGAACAUAUUUAACCAUUUAAGUAUAAACAUUUUUGAGUCCUGGAACUUCCUGAACUUGAAGGUUUUUCUCCAUCUGUUGGCCGUUUUCGUCAUACUGUGAUCCUCCUCUCGGCCGGAGGACAUGGAUCUGUCUCCUUCGAAACGAGAAGGGGCGACAGGAAGUUGACUCCUGCAGGGAGAACCAGGACACAAACCAGGAGAGAGAGAGCACAAAAUGUCGUGGAAGAGGAACUACUUUGCGUCAGGCAGUAGUGGAGGAGGUGGCGGAGGCGGUGCCGGUGGCAGCGGAGGUGGAGGUGGCGGGAUGCAGGGGAUUUUGACGCCUCGCGCCAUGACAUCCAUCGCUCCCAGUAAAGGGCUGAGCAAUGAGCCGGGACAGAACAGCUGCUUCCUGAACAGCGCCCUGCAGGUUCUGUGGCACCUCGAUAUCUUCCGACGUAGUUUCCGUCAGCUGACGACUCAUAAGUGUAUGGAGGACUCGUGCAUUUUCUGUGCUCUGAAGAGUAUCUUCGCUCAGUUUCAGUACAGCAGUGAGAAGGUUUUACCGUCCGACGCUCUUCGCAGUGCGCUCGCCAAAACCUUCCAGGACGAGCAGAGGUUUCAGCUCGGCAUCAUGGACGACGCCGCCGAGUGCUUCGAAAACAUCCUGAUGAGGAUUCACUUCCACAUCGCAGAUGAGACCAAAGAAGACAUCUGCACCGCCAGACACUGCAUCCCUCACCAGAAGUUUGCCAUGACGCUGUUUGAACAGUGUGUGUGCAGCAACUGUGGAGCCUCCUCAGACCCUCUGCCCUUCAUUCAGAUGGUCCACUACAUCUCCACCACCUCCCUGUGUAACCAGGCAGUGAAGAUGUUGGAGUCGAGGGAGAAAGCGACUCCUGGCAUGUUUGGGGAGCUGCUGAGAAACGCCAGCAUGGGAGACCUGCGCAACUGCCCCAGUCAGUGCGGUCAGCAGCUCAGGAUGGCCCGAGUCCUCCUCAACAGUCCGGAGAUCAUCACCAUCGGUCUGGUCUGGGACUCGGAUCACUCGGACCUGGCCGAGGAUGUCAUUCACACCUUGGGAACCUGCCUGCGCCUUGGGGAUCUGUUUUACAGGGUGACGGAGGAGAAGGCUCGUCAGUCGGAGCUCUACCUGGUGGGGAUGGUGUGUUACUACGGGAAACAUUACUCCACCUUCUUCUUCCAGACAAAAAUCCGCCGAUGGAUGUACUUCGAUGACGCGCACGUCAAGGAGAUCGGGCCCAAGUGGAAGGACGUGGUCUCUCGCUGCAUCAAGGGCCACUACCAGCCUCUGCUGCUGCUGUACGCCGACCCGCGGGGGACGCCGGUCUCGGUGCAGGACCUGCCGUCUCGCUUCGACCUCCACCACCUCAACAAGGCCUGCUACGACAGCGAAGACUCGGGCCGCGAGCAGUCGAUCUCCAGCGACACUCGCACCGAUUCUUCGACGGAGAGCUACUCGUACCGACAGCCCUCCCACUCGCACCAUGAGUCCCUGGCCAGUCACUACUCCUCGGACUCCCAGGGAACCGUCGUCUGCAUCGAGCGCCCAGACGGAGCCCUGCACGCCUCGCUCUGCAGCCUGGAGACCGUAGGCCACGUGACGGACAGUGAGCAGCACCAGUCUCUGAGGAAGGGAGGCGGGGCCGGGGAUAGGAGGCGGAGCUCUAGCCGCCACCGGCGAUCUAAACCUGACAACGAAGCUUCGUCGGCCGGUUACCACAGCGAGGGAGAGACGUUAAAGGAGCAGCAGGUUCCUCGUCACCUCCCCAAACCUUCCUCCUCCUUUUCAUCUUCAGCCAGUCGCCUCCGAGACUUCAAGGAGACCAUGAGCAACAUCAUCCACAACCGACCCCUCUCCUCCUCUUCCUCCUCCUCUUUACCGACCGCUGUCCUAUCUGAGGUUACCUCCUCCUCCUCCACCUCCACCAACAACCACCACCACUCAGCUGGCACUGCUGUUUCCUGCUGCUCCUCCUCCUCCAGUAAACUCCAUGACUGGGAGGCUGACAGCACGAGCAGCGAGUCGAAGUCCAGCUACUCAGGUGGAGCAGGGUCGGCGAGGUACCGGCCAGCAUGGAGGCCACGAAGGGAGGCGCUCAACAUCGACAGCAUCUUCACCCGCGAGAGGCGCAGGCAGGCGGGCUACAGUCCACUCGGAGCCUCCCUGUCCGACGACUGCAGAGCUCCAGCCUCCGAGGGAGCAGACGCCUCCUUCCCUGCACAGGGGGAGGUCAAGUCUGCCAGACCGGGCUCCUCCUGGACUCUGCCCACCUCCACCGGCAGCCACAGAAGAGGUGGAGAUGGAGUAGGUGGUGCAGAGCUGUCUCCUCCUCCACCCAGACUAAUCCAGAGGAUGGAGAGCGGAUACGAGAGCAGUGAGAGGAACAGCAGCAGCCCAGUCAGCUUGGACCUGAACCUGGCGGACAGAGAGUGUGUUAUGAAGAAGCCUUCAUCCUCAUCCUCAGGACCGUCGUGGAGGAACAUCCGGUCGAAGAGCAGUGGAGCUUUGCUGCAGGAGCUCAGCUCUUCCAGCAGGGGGAGCCUCGCGCCUCCUGCAGGCCGCAGCGAGCUGGAUGAGCUGCAGGAAGAGGUGCAGAGGAGAGCCAGGGAGGAGGAGCAACAGCGACAACAGGAGAAGGAGAGGGAGGCGGCGCUCGGCUUCAAUCCCCGACCCAGCAAGUACCUUGACCUGGACCAGCUCCAGAUCCAGGGUAAAGGUGACAGCUUUGAGCGGUGUGUGUCGGAGGCGGAGCUUCUGCUGGACCAGUCUGUGCGUCUGGAGCAGGCAGGCGAGGUCGCUGCUGCGCUGUCGGCGGUCAAUGAAGCAGUCUCCAAACUGCAGCUGCUGGCGGCUGAGGGCGGAGCUAAUAGUCACAGCCGGCUGCAGCGCUGCAUGAGGAGAGGCCGCAGUCUGCAGCAACGCAUGCAACAGCAGCAGCAGCAACGACAGCAACCUGAGCAGGAACCAGAGGAGGGGCAGCAGCUCCAGGAACAGUCCAGUGAAAAGCCUCUCUCGCUCCAAAUACUUCUGACGGAGAAACAAGGCAACCAAUCAGCUGCCAGUCAGGCCCCGCCUCUCUCUCCCUCCAUUGUUAAGCCCCUCCCUCCUAAAACAAACUCAGUGUCUGACGCCACCUCCAGUGCAGGAGCUCCUGCCGGUUCACCCAGAGAAGAGAGCAGGACCGGGGGCCCCUGCUCUCACUUUGGGAAACCCCUCAUGACCACCAGGUCCCUCCCUGCUCUGUGUGUGGACACCUGGGAGCAGAGUCCAUUGGGAGACUUGGCCCCACCCCCUCCCCCUGAGGAGGUGGACCUUCCCUCCCAGUGGACCACAACACUCCCUGUCUCCAUCCCAGUGCAGGCCACGCCCCCAGUCAGGCCGUACUCCCAAAGCCCAUCGCCUGUUGGCAGCAGCGACAGGUGUUGUCCCAAGGUGGAUGAGGAGCAAUAUUACACCAGACCUCAGACCACGCCCCCAGUGUCUAGCCCCACCUCCAGAUUAGCCCCGCCCCAUUCGGCCUGCCCAACCAGGAAGUGGUCCUGCUUACACCUGGACCAACCUGAUGUUGUUGAUUCACCCGUUGACCCACCAAUCAGCUCACACCUUUACUUGGCCCCAGACUCCCCCUCCAGCACCGCCCUGCCUCCUGCAAGUCAGCCCACUCGGACCUCCUCCCCGCCCCCCAGCCAGGACUACAGGGCGGCCCUGCCCGUGGAGCGCUGGGCGGAGAACGUCAACAGAUACUAUGGCUCCCAGAAUGCAACAGGAGAGGGGCCAGCGGCGGCAGAUGAGGAGCUCUCAGAGCUGGACUGUCUGUACCAGGCCAGCCUGCUGGCUUCCAGCGUGCCCCGGGGCAGCUGUGGAGUCAGUCCUCAGCCGGUCAGCAACAAACCAGGUAUGAGGAGGAUGCUGUCAGGAUCUGGACGGUCCAAAACACCAACAGCUGAGCUUGAGAGAUACGCCUACAGAAGCCCGGUCACACACCUUCCUAAGCUGCCAUCUGGUGAAGAUGAGAGCUACAGCGCAGAAAACCUGCGACGCAUCGCACGCAGCCUGAGUGGAACCGUGAUCGGGUCGCGACCCCAACAGUUCGGCCCCUCCCGCAGCUGUGACCCCUCUGUGUCCAGACCCGCCCCCAGACAGGCCGACCUUCACUCUUCCUCCCUCCUCCGUCGCCCCAGCACCUCCACUCUGCACCUCCCUUCCUCCUCCUUCACUACAGAUCACUCCUCCCACCACCACCAACCCCGACACCACGGCCCCUCAGCUCCUGCACCUCCUCCACAGCACCCCCCCCUGCAGACAUCACGGCCCCCGAGCUCGGGCCCCUCCUCCCGGGGACACUCAGGACCUGGACCAGGUGUCCAGCAGCAGUUUCUGGUUGUGUCUGACAGGCAUCAAGCUCUCUCAGGUCAAAGCCUCCACAGCGUCGCGCUGAGUUACGGCACCCUGCCCCGGGCUCCUCGCCGAGCUCCGCCUCCCUCCUGCACCUCCUCCCUCCCCAGGCCCAGAGUCGGCCCCGGUCCCGCACCCUCGCCAAAUCCGCAGAGUCUCUACGCCACCUUGUCCCAUCCCCGCCGAUCUGCCAACCACAUCUCCACGAACGGUCACUACCGCCAACCGUCGCUACCCAGUAAAGUCAACGGCUCGACCCACCUCGUGUCGCACCACCUCCGGCUGUCAGGGGAGGGCCCCCCCCAGCCGCUCCGCCUGGACGUGCCCCCAGAGAGCGACUGGCGGCGAGACGCAGACUACAGGACUGUCCAGCCCAGCUCCAACUGGGACCCCCGUGCCCCUCGCCGCCACCAGCCCCUCCAACGGACCAUCUCUCAGCCACCUCCGCCGGCUCGUCCCCACAGAGACCCCCAGCUCUGCUCGCUCUGCCAGCAGCUUCCUGCUGAACCCUCACGGCCCUACUGCCCGCCCUGUGGCGCUUACGUGGCCCGCUUCCACCCGGCCAGCUGAUCGGGCCUGAGGGUCUGCAAGCCCCACAACAGAGGAGUCCUGCUCCAAAUGUCUCACGGAGGUCACGUCUUCACAGUGAGCUUUCCCUUUGGGUUUAAAAUGUGCCAACACGUGUGAAGUUCAGCGCUGCCCACAGUCCUCUCGUUACCCCCGCCCGCUGCAGGUGAAACCACGCCCACGCCUGCGUGACAAAAGUCUCGAUGGUGGAGGUCACAUGUCGGAGGUGUUUGUGGUUUCAUCCAAAGCGGGCGGGGAAAUCGAUGGAUGUCUGUCUGUUCGGCUCUUCGUCUUUAUGUUGGACGUCUCAAUUUGGAAACAAGAUCGUCUCACAGAAAUGUGACAACAAACGACAGCGUGCUCGUCCCCGGUCUGGACACAAAGUGGACGGAAUCAGACAGCCAGUCUGAAUGUCUGCUGGAUUUAAGCACAUUUCACGACGGAGCAGGAUGACGAAACAGAACUGCUGAUACGCUGGUCAAAACAGGAGACGAACCCGACUCAUCAGUAAACCAGCAGGAAACUUCAUCCACUUGAUGUCAGAUGUUUUCCAGGCCUUCAUGGUCCUCAGAGCAACAAAAUUCACCUGCAGCUCCUUCAGUAAUCGACGACUUGUUUUACUUUUCAAGCUAAAGCCUCACGAUUUCAGCUUCGCACACCAGAGGAUUUUCUGCUCUUCAGGUUUGGACAGUUGGUCGGACAGACGAGACGGUCGAAGACGUCACAUUUUCUUUCAUGUUGGCCUUCUGGCAUUAAUAAACCAAACGAUUCAUUCAUAAUGAGAAUAAAUCGUAUCUUAUUUUGCAGGCUUGAAGUGACUGGAGAGAAUCGUUUACCCGUUCAAACCUUCAGUCUGACUGCAGUGAAAAGUUUCCUCCUGCGAGGAAGAGAAACUUCAGGUGUGACUUGUUGAAACGGUAAAUUUCCUCCACAGAGUAACGUUCAGGAGGACAUGCAGGACAGCAGAAGGCAGAUUGAACUGACGAAUACACGUCAUUUAGUGUGAAGUUACCUCAUGACAACACAAAGCACUCAGCUUCUCACAGUGACUUUAAAAUGUGCCAACCUUUAUUUUGAAAGGUCACACUCUUGUAGUAGAUGUGGACGAAAAUGUUUUUCUUGUUGGCGUCAAGUCUGGAUGACAGAAAUAGCAGAUAGUUCUUAACACAACCAAAGUAUCGGAUGUUUCUUUCAUUAAGGAUUGAUUCAGUUCCUUCGUCAGUCAGUUAAUGAAGUCAGAAAACGUCUGAGGUGAUGUCAUCUGAACCGGCAGUCCAUAACCAAACGCGGUUAGACGUUCUCGCUGUAGAAACGUCUUCGAUGUUGAUGGAGGCGCAGAUAAACGACUUCAGGUUCAGUGGGACUCUGACAUCAGGCGGGAGAAGCGCUCAGCGUCAGUUUCACACACCUGGGCCUGACGGCCUGAAACUGAACCGGCGGCAGCUGAAACAGGAAAUGAAGGAGACGCGGCAGGAAGCGGCCGUCUGUGACACUGAAGACUCUUGUUACUCUAUUUUUGUCAGAUUGACUUGUGCUUAGAUGACCUGAAGUACAUAACCCGAGUAUACCCGCUAUAGAGCUCAGCUGAUUUUCUACAGGUAGUUAGUGGCCUUGUUUGGGAUGCCGAGGCUGAUUUGUGUCUUUUCUCAGCGUGUUAGAUUCAGAAGUGAAGCUUUCCUUUGACAGAGUUGCAGCUAAUAUUUAGCAUGAUGUUUUCAGACGUAUUCUAGCCUUGAGACUUUGCUGUACAUUUACUGUAAUGAUGAUAUAUGCAGAUCUUCUUAGUGCAGCCGCUCAACUGCGUUUGACUCUCAUUUAGUACACUUCAGAAGUGUUGAUGGUAGAUUUUUUCUGUGCUCGUUGCUGAUUUCUUUUCACAUCUGUCUGGGAGAAGCUUCUCAUUACGUUCAAGAGCUUGUUUUUCUGCUCAGUCGACUGACUUCAGAUCAGUUUCAUGGAUUAUGUAGGAACACCAGAAUCUGCCCUAAUGCCAACAGGCCAGUGGCCCCGCCCGCCUGGGGCUCCAGGUUAGAUGAAACAAACAAACUCUCAAGUCAGACGUUCGUUCGGAGAUCAAUAUAAUAAUAACUGAUCAUUUCAGCCUGAUUUAUCAACUCUGGACUCAGACUGAGGCCUCAAAUCUCAUCUGGUCACUUCAAAAUAAAAUCAGGGUUUAAUUUUGAACUGUUCAGACCAGGUCUGAGUUCAUGAUGAUGAUGAUGCAGCAUGAAGUGUCAAUAAUUCAAAUGAAGAGAGGUUAUUUUUUCACCAUGUCAGAGUUUGUUUUUGGCUUUUUGCUUUGCCAGAAUUUAUUUUGUUGAUUUUUGGUAUAUUUUUGAUGCUUAUUUUUCUACACUGUAGACUCAACAGAGGUGAUAAGAUGAUUAAAAUGUUUAACAAAA